AUGCUGCCAAUUUACAAUGGCAAACAUUUAAAUCGUCUCAAAGCGGUUUCCGUAUCUACUGUGAGAGUAAAAAGAACUUGUUACACAUUUUUAAACGUCCUCAAUAACUCAAAAUUAUGGAAAAUCAUAGCUUUGAUCACUAUCUUCUUAAACUACCGAUUGAUACAGCAAAUUGUAAGUUUUUCUUGGGCUUAUUAUCACUUGAGGCUUCAAGAAGUGUGAAAAAUGGUGUUCAAUUUACAUUGGCAUAGCUUUUGGCAGCUUCAGCAGCCCGAUUUGUGAUCAUUUUACUAUAAGUUUAUGAGUUAUGAUACUAUAAUAGCUAGCGAUUUAGAUUUAUACUAUUAAUUCUAACAUAAAAAGUACUAUACAUUUGUCAUAUUAAAAUUGUUUUCAGCGCUACAAGGAUGAAAAGUUUGUGGAGAUCACCAGGAAGAACUCAUUGGUCCUGUCGAGUAGAGAGUACGAGAAAGAGUACUGUGUGAUCCCAGAUUACUGGGAUCCAGAUGUAUUGUCAUUCCCUCGAAGCUCGAUUACUCUGGUAACGCAUACAGCGAUCGAGUUUAUCGAUUAUCUCGACGAACAUGUAAGUUUUCUUUGAAAGCUAUCAAUCUAAUUUAAAAAAAAGUUAUUUAUUGCCUUUUGUCGCUGCCAAAAACAUUAAUCCAAUUUUAAAAUGACAUUAUUUUAUCUCAUAAAUACUUUUUUUAAGUAGACGACUAAAGAUCAAUGUCUUUGCUCUAAUUGCAGCCGUCUAAUGAUGUGUAUAAUCUAUAUAAUCAUCGCCAAAAUAAAAAAAAAUUUUGAAUUUCAGUUAAAAACCUGGACUGGACCAAUAUCGAUCGCAGUAAUAGUACCCAAUCCAAUGCAUGCAUAUAACCUGACAGGACACGAUGAUUACGGAACUGAAGAGGCUGUUAACUACGCUUUUACUGUAAGUUUCGAUUUUAAAAGCAAAGAGUUUAUACGACUUCAAACGUCAUGGACAGACAAUUGUCGGAGGCUUAGAAAGCCAAAGAAAGAUACCGUCAACCCUCUUUAGUGUGACACCCAAAGGACUGAAGGUGCAAACUUUUGAUAAGGAUUCUAUAAUAGUACGUAGGGCAGUAUAAACUAUGUCACUAUAAAUGUGUCCCACUAUUGAGAGUCAUAAUAAAAAGCUCUCACUGUAUCACAAUAUACAUUAACUAAAUUACAGUACUCGUUAUAUAUUAACUAAAUUACAGUACUCAUUGGCUAAACUAGACAUGCUGAAAGCCAAACAGUCAAAGCAGAUCACGAUGAACUUAAUAUACAAAAAAGAAGACAAAUGUCAUGAAACACUGAAUGUGCCUUUGAUACGACUGGUCGAAAACAAGGUAACCUCCCUUCACUUAAAAAAAUGCAUUUUACUAUUAUAAUCUACUACAGAGUAGAUAUAAUAACAAAUUCUGAUAACUUUAGACUACCAUAAGCCACAAUGUUUAUGUUACAGUAUAUAGCUCAAGUCAUACAAUUCUAAUAAAACUGGCAUUUCAGGAAUUUGUGACAGACAGGUACAACUUAAUCAGAAGGUUCGCUGGAUACCCGGCCAAUUACUUGAGGAAUAUGGCGAGAUAUGGGUCCAAGACAAACCUGAUAUUCCAAACUGACAUAGAGAACAUUCCCAGUGAAGACUUUGAACAAUCCCUGAGACCCUUGGCUAAUGAACUUUUGGUUAGGUAAGGUUGAGUUUGUAGAAAUUCGUCGUGAAGAACAUGAUCUAAUGCUUGAAGAAUCAAGUAUAUACCAAUGUUGUCUACAUUAAUGUCAUUUUAGUGCUCAAAGAAAGUCGCUGCUGAUUGUUCCUGAAUUCGAAACUACUUUGGGAUUAGAUAUUCCUCGGAACAAGCCACAAUUACAGGUAAGACAUCAGCUUCAUACGUAUAAAAUGAUCGUUACAGAAACUGUUUACUUCAUUUAACACAUGUAGCUUGCACAACAAUAUGACUACAUUCUCAACUAUAAAAAAACACUUUUAGCAAAUGUACGCAUCAGGAGAUGUUAUAGAAUCUUACACUCGCCGAUUCCACUCUGCUAACCAUAGAUUGCCGUACAUACGACAAUGGAUGGAGAGCAACGACUCCGCCAUCAUACCAUUCAAGAUCAUACCCUACCAGGGUAAUAUGUGGGAGCCUGCUUUCGUCACUUACCAUAGAGUUCUGCCAUUUCAUCCACUGCUGAUCUCAGAUAUACAUCAAGACGCCCGGUUUCAGGUUGAAGAGACCUGCAGAGCUGGCUUUGACUAUAUAAUGGUCAGUAACUUGUUUACCGUCCAUCCUGGCUUCAGGCUGAUCGCCGACAAGAUUAUAGAUGGUGCUAGGAAUGACACAAUGAGGGAAAUGCUUACUGUAAGUUCAAAAAUAUAAUUCACCUUCGGAAUAACGCGUUAACGUUUUUAUCAUGAACAUAAGAAGAUUAAUAUGAUAAAAAAAGAUGAAUAUAUUAAGGAUUAUAAAUAAACGCCUAAUAUAUUCCUCAACUUCACAUUUUCAGAGUUAUAGCAACUUCAAAAGCAACCUGGACCAAAGGUAUCCAGGUACCAAAGACAAAUGCCCUGAUAAAUCAGUAGAGCGAGUAUUAUAA